AUCCGCACCAUGACAAAAACAGCAAUGGUAGAUCAACCAGCGCCUAGUAAACCGCCAAAACUCCUCGCAGGUGAACUCACCCCCGAAGUCGCGCGCGACUGGGAGAAUGCGUGCUCCACGUAUUUCAUGCAUAAAGAAAUCGAAGAGAAGAACCAAGUUAAAAUGGUGGCGUUUGGGAUGUUAGACCCACGCCUACAUACCUGGUAUCUUGCACAACGAAAUACCUUAGAUACAGGGACCUUCGAUGAGUAUAUGACGGCGCUGAAAGACGCGUGGCUCGAAACACAUUGGGACACGAAACUCCGGAAAAAGGUAUUGGGCUCACAACAAUGCUCCCGUCCAUUCUACGAGUGGGCAUUAGAACUUCAAAAUCAAAAUGCCCUCUUGUACGGUAACCCUGCCCACCUUGACGACACGCAGCUGCGAAACCAGCUAGAAGCAAACUUGUGCGACGAUCUCACGACGCCCGUACUCCGAGCGAAACUACCCUCGACACUUACACUCAAGGUGUGGAUCGAAGAGGUUCGCCACCUCGACGACAAACGUCUUGAAGACAUCGCCAUGCACAAGAAGUUCGCUGAAGACUUCUACAAAUCCAAACGCACGACAUCCUAUAACCAAACUUCUACGAAAACAUCAUCAUCCUCCUCCCGCGUGCCUCUAAAUACAUCUACACCCCGUCUCGGAGCUCUCACAGUGGCUGAACGCACCCUCCUCGCAGAACACAGUGGCUGUUUUAAAUGUCGCAGAUUCUACGUAUCGCACAGAUCCAAGGAGUGUCCCAAUGGCGCACCUGAUGCCUCAUCAUACAAAACGCUGACGGAGACUGAUGCUACCGCGGCAAAGCAAAAG